UUUUGCUCUGUUCUACACAAACCAUUCCAGGAUGAUUCCAUGAUGGACCAGCUGUGCCCUCCCUUCAGUAUCCCAGAAUCCCAGAAUUGCUGGGUUGGAAGGGCCUUAAAGCCCAUCCAGUCCUACCCCUGCCUGGGGAUGAGAACCUUCCCCUGGUCAGGUCAGGUCAAGGUCUGGCUGUGGGCACAGCUCCAAGACAAACCUGUGGCUUUUCUGCAACGAGGAAGGGCAGCAAAGUCUUGGGAAGAUCAAAUAAACAAGGGGAUAGAUUUAAGAGCAGGGAAUUUCCCCAGCUUAGAGCUCAAGGUUUGCUUUUGGGCGGGAUGCACUCCCCUUCCUGUCAGGGGUGGGAAAUUUCGGGGAAUCAUAACUUCCUGAUAAUAACUUACUGAAUUUUCCCUUUUUCAUUCUCAAAAUUUUUGUUUUCUUGCUGUCAUAAUUUUGCCAGGUGGGCAGUGGUGGCCGAAAUAAACAUCCGUGUAACAUCUCUGGGAGUCAGUCCCAUAAAUACCAUCUGGUCUUGGGAGAUAAAACUGCCAGAAAUUCGGGAAGAUCAGAUUUUGUAGAUAGGCAGUCAUUGAUAAAACAAAGGCAGGAAGUUUGAUUUUGCAAAAUCUAUCAGACUAUUGUAAUGUCUGAUUUUACAAACUGGGAGUAGAUAGAAAUUCUUUAGAAAUAUAUUAUUCAUAACAGGGGGAUUUAAAAGAGAGUUAUUUAAUCCCAUUUUUCCUCUCUCUGAAGUGUCACUUCAGACCUGGGUAUUUACACAAUCCUCAAUGCUUUUAUGAUGAACACAAAUCUUUUAUCAGUUAUGACAGAGGUGGGAGGAACUUGGAGGAAAUUCGAAAGGAAUGGAAGAAUUUGGAUGGAAUGGGGGAAGUAGCAGGGAAGAAUUUGGAAGGAAUUGUAGCAUUUAAAGGGAAUUUGUAAGAAGUGGGGGACAGUUUGGAAGGAACUGGGCAAGACCAGGAGGGAAGCAGAGAGAGCAGUCAGGCCCUGGAGAUGUGUUGGAAUCCCCAUCCCUGGAGGUUCUGGAGGGGACAGGCCAUAAAUCACCCCUGGGCUCAAAGACCCAUCUGUCUUCAAUCAAGGAACUGCUGGGGACAAAAAUCCUCGGGGACCAUCGAGUCCAACCAUCCCCAGCACGGCCAAGGCCACCAGGGACCGUGUCCCCAAGUGCCACAUCCACAUGGGUGUCAAAUCCCUUCACCAAAGGGGACUCCACCACUGUCCUGAGCAGCUGUACCAGAGCUGGACAGCCCUUUCUAGGAAGGAAUUUUCCCCCUAUCCAACCUCAGCCUCCCCUGGCACAGCUUGAGGCCAUUCCCUCUCCUGUCGCUGUUCCAUGGGAGAAGAACCUGACCCUUGCCUGGCUCAGGCCUUUCAUCCCCACCAGGCUCUGGAGCACCCAUGGCCAUGUCUGUCACCAGUGUCACCCCCUGGUCACACAUUCCCUGCCCUGGACACCCCAGUGCCAGGGGGGACCCCAAACCCUGUGGCCUCUCCCCUGCUGGCUGAAGGUGCUGAUAGACACACCCAUCCCCAGGGAUGGGGACAGGGCGGGCUGGACUGGGCUGCUGGCCAGAAUCAUCCCACCUGGAAUGCCCCGCUGUCCCAGCCCCCCGGCAGCUGCCAUAAAAGUGCUGGUGACUCGGUGGGAAGCAGGAUCCAGGAUCCAGGAGCUGGGAUGGGGCCGUGCCGAGCGCUGCCACUGCUGCUGCUGCUGGGGCUGGGGCUGGCUGGAGCCACCACAACGGCACCACACGGAUCCACCGCAGCUCGGGAUGGAUGGAAUGGAAGCACGCUGUCCUCACCAGCGUCCCUGAGCUAUGGGGACGUGGUGGCAGCGGCCGUGGAGCUGCUCAAUGCCAGGGCUGUCAGUCCCUACGUCCUGCGGCUCCGGGAGACUCUGCCCCGGCCCGGGUGGCCCUCAGACCUGCAGAGCCGGAAGGAGCUGAGCUUCACCCUGGAGGAAACGACGUGCCGGACACCAGGAAUGACCAAUGGCAGCUGCAGGAGCCGCUGGCUCGGGGCGGUGACCUGGUGCCAGGGCUCUGUUUUCAUGGAGGGGCAGCAGCCCACGGUGGAGCUCUCCUGUGAGAAGGCUCCGGCCACGUUUGGCCGGGUCUGGAAAUCCAAGGUCAAAGAUUUCUUUGGCAAGAUCAAACAGCGUUUCCGAGGUUUCUUCCAGUGUGGCCGGAUUUGGAUCCGGGAUAAGCUUAAUCUCAAGGCACCCAAACCCUGAGGGGUGACAUUGGUGUGUCCCCAGCCUGUGUCUCCUCCCUGUGCCCUCUA